CAUUGAAAUCACCACGGACACUCCAGCUCCCCUCUACCAUCCGUAUCUGGGGAUUUGAAUAAUUUCUAUCACAAAACAUGUCUGAGAAGGAGGUUUUGAUCAUCAGGGGCCAGGGUGAUGGUCAAGAUGGGUGGUCUCCUGAUAUUGUUGUAGGCGUCGAUUUUGGAAUGACCUAUACAGGUGUUGCUUAUUCCUCCGCACCAGAAUGGCUCCCUCCCAAAACAAUUCAACGCUGGCCCGGAAAAUUGCCUGGAGAGCUCUCAAACAAAGUGCCUACCUGCAUAGAGUACGAUGAAGAGUCAGGAAAUGUGAAGAACUGGGGCUUUUUGUGCGACCCCGAGGACAAGAGCUGCAAAGUAAAGGAAUUCUUCAAGCUCCAUCUUGCGCCUCAGUAUCACGAUGACUAUCCAGGUUGUCCGACUCGUCUCGAGGCGCAAUGUUGGUUUCGAGACUACAUCCAGUGUAUCUAUCGACAUAUAGUCUCUCACUUCGUCUCCACAAUACCUCAAUUCGUUUCGCGUCACGUUGAAUUCCUUUUUAGCGUGCCGACUACAUGGAAGGAUGUGCGGAUGGUGGAGGAAACUCGAAAGAUUCUCAAACAAGUAGUUUGCUCCAAAACACCAAUGCAUCGGGUUUCAAUUGGCUUGACCGAAGCAGAGGCAGCUGCUGUCUAUGCAGGGAAUGAACAUUACCAUGAAGACGAUACUCUUCUUGUCUGUGAUGCUGGCGGAGGAACCACCGAUGUCAACGUGCUGAAGCUGACCUCCUCGCGGGGAGAGCCUACAAGACUUGAGCAACUUGGUCACGUUGAAGGUCUACCAAUUGGCUCUGUCUUCAUCGACAGGUUCAUUCAUCAACUCAUGUUGAAAUGUGCCUUUGGCACUGAAGCCACCCUGACUCCCUGGUUGAAGCUAGAUGUGCCCUCUCUAGAGUCCAAUUCCAAUUUCCCAGAGGCGGAUAUAUACAACGGACAGAUGCAAAUCGCAUGGGACGAGCUUAAAAAGGCGUUUGAUCUUAAAAUUGAUGAAAUCAUCAAUCUUGUGGAUGGACAUAUCCGACAAAUGCAUGCGAAACAUCCCGACGUCAACAUUAAUUAUCUGGUAUUAUCGGGUGGUUUUGGUAGCUCUCCCUACGUAAGGCAGCGCCUUGUGGAGAGCUUGACCCUCAGGGGACCCGAUGGCAAUCUCGAUGCGGACGGCAUGCAUAUCCUUGUUGCUGAUGAGCCGCAACUUGUUGUGGUCCAUGGCUUAGUGUUAGAUCGGAUACAAAAGAUCAAGAGUGACGUAGUCACCUUUGGAUCCCGAUGUGCCCCAGUAAGCUAUGGGAUCAUUUGCGACAAGAUCUAUCACCCUGAGAAGCAUAUUGGAGAAGCGGUGCGCCAUGAUCCAAGAGAUAAGAUGACCUACGCGAUUGACCAGAUUGACUGGCUUGUUAUUCAGGGCCGUCCUAUACCGAGUACUGGGUUAACGAAACAAUUCCAACUUAAGAUAGAUCCAGGCCGGGAAAGUGAGCCCUGGAGAGUGAGCAUCGUUAUGUCUACUCUACCACCUGAUCAAAUUCCCCACAAUCUGAGCAGCAAGGGAGCCCAGCGGAUUUGUGAUCUGGAUAUCUCCACUGAUAGUGUGGAUAAGAAGUUGAAAAAUCGACAUUGGUACAGCAUGAAGCCAGCAUUUUGGAGAUCGACAUUUGAUGUGAGAGUUGUGGUCGGGCCAGCAGACCUCUCGUUUCAGCUGUGGUCGCGAGAUAAGAGGAUCCAAGCAAGCAAACAUGAGCCUAUUGCUGUAAACUGGAUGCCUGCCAGUAACUUCAACUAAUCAGGAGUUGAUACUAUGAUUUUGAAACUUCACAUGUGAGAUGCAUCAGGUUUGUUGGUCAGGCAUUAAUCAGAUACAUCAACCGCCUUCUUUCAUCACCUAGAUUGCCUCAAAGACCCAACAACUGUAUUCAUUUGUUAAAUAAUUUAUCCACUUCCUUUUCCUGUGUUCCGA